AGCAGGACAUGAGAAAAGAGCACUCACUUAAAAAGAGCACUUCCAGCCACAAGCAGAUUCAAUUAUACCUCUAGUGCAAAAUGAAAUCCUUCAUCACGGUUGUUUUAAUUCAAUCUUUUUAGCAACAUGCUCAUCCUAAAUAGUCUGAUCAUAUGAAUAUUCACAAGUCAUCUUCCUCUGCAAAAGACGCAGUGUCAACAGUUUGCAAUAAACAAACAUCUCAAGAAAAUUCUUACACCUAAAAGUAAAAAAAUAUGUUAAAAUAUCCUUUUUUUCUUUCAUAAUUGGCCUUCUGCAAGCAGAUAACAGCUUCUUUAAGAGCACCUGGUUUUCUGGUGCUUCUUUUAAAUAUAAUUUACCCUCCGCUUUCUGCAUGUUUGUAAGGUAAGCAAGAAUGUCUCAGAGUUUCUUCUUAUUAUAAACAUGGUAUGAAAAAGCAUGCUGCUGACACGUUUUUACUCUUUUUCUGCUUGUCACACAACUGUGUUUUUUUAGCAUCAAAAUCAGACUUUACUUUGUUCUUUUAGGUCAUUUUGAUGUCUUUAUAAACGUUUGAUCAUUGAGCGCUCUGCAUUUAAUAUGCAACUUUAGAAAUUGGGGAAUCUGGUCAUGGACUGAUAGUACACCUGUUUUUCAGAUAAAAUUGAAUGCCUCUAAAGUGUUUCUUAAACAUACAGUUCUUACAAAUGUGUAUUUUUAUUGGUGUAGUGCAAAACAAUGAUCUCCUAUUAUUAGAAUUUAUUCCCUACAGAUUAGACAGGCUGGAAUAAUUUGGUAUUAUACAUCAGGCACAGUGGUGUGCCUCAGGGUUUAGUACUUCGGUCAUUGCUGUUUAACCUGUACAGACUCCAGCCACCCACAAAGAGAUUACUGUCCAACUAAAAUGUUCCUCAAUUUUAUUUGUGUUCAAGUUAAAAUUCAAAUGUAGUUAUUUAUGAGGGUUUUAUUUAGAAUAAUGAUCCACCAUUGUUUAAUUUAAUACAUCUUUUUCUAUUUUAUAUUAAAUUAAGUUUCCUGUUUGUUGCAAAAACUAACUUAUCCAUACAAUUGCUUCUGUAAAAGAAAGCUACAGGUCAAAAAUGAUGUCUAGGCUUUUUUUAAGGGUAUAUCACAAGGACAACCUGUUGGAUCUAAGAAUUUUACCCUUUUAGUUUCAUUAAGAUCCUCAUGGAAAGUUUUUUUUUUUUUUUGAGAAUUGUCUUCAUGCUUAUCUGUUAAUGAUUUUACAGUUGAAUUUUAAGUAAUGGUUUGGUAUAAACACAUUAAUCCAAAGUCAAUUCUGCUCAUCUGAAAACACGUGGUUUUAAAACGAUCUCAAAGACAAGACCAUGAGACAUAUUUUUCUGCGUAAUUUCCAUGCGCCACCAGCACGCACGCAGGCGAUUGGAUGAAGUGGUGCGCACAGAGGAGCUCAGACAGAAGCUGAUUCUUCACAUGAUUCACUUGUCUACCGCUGGAGUUCAAUGCUGGAAUAAAUCAAAGGGCUUUCCUUAUGAAAUGACUGCAGCUAAGAGCAUGUGAGCGGAAUUCCCACAUUUGAAGCGUGGAGAUCACGUAUGUGGGGGUUUGGCACAAACUUCGCUGAGCACGAAUCCAUCCAUGUGGCUUUUUUUCUAAAUUCGAUUUUUUUUUAUUAAUUUAUGCUCUGUUUAGGAGCGGCGGUUUAAAAUGUCCGAGAUCCACAACAGAAGCCAAAUCAGCGCACGACGCAGUGACUAUGUGUGGCAGUACGAGUAUUAUGACGACGAGGAGCCCGUCUCUUUUGAGGGACUCAAAGCGCACAGAUACUCCAUAGUCAUAGGAUUCUGGGUUGGACUGGCGGUGUUUGUCAUUUUUAUGUUCUUUGUUCUGACAUUGCUCACAAAGACUGGAGCGCCACAUCAGGAAAAUCCAGAAUGUGCUGAUAAGCGUCACCGACCAGGGAGCUGUCUGGUGGACAUUGAUGACCAAAAAGAUAAAAGCGAUAAGGCCUUUUCCCGCCCGCUGCUGACAGGGACGCGUACUUAUUUCAAUUUCUUUGUAAACGAAGAAGAUCGGUCUCAGAGGGAGAAAAACCAAGAGGAUAACAGUGGGUCAUUCAAAGACAGAAGGCGAAGAGCCACUCGUUCCUCUGAUGAGAUGGAGGAGGAGAUGGAGGAAGCAGGGAUACACCAUCCUCUCAAUGGACUCGUAGAGGAAAGCCGGAUGGAAAGAGAGUGUGCCUUUUUGUCUCACUAUAACAUCCCUAACUUCGUGAACUUGGACCACAGUUCCACUCUUGGAGAAGACGAUCUGCUGUACGAACCAUCGGUGGUGUUGGAGCGUCACUCUCAGACACAAGAUGCUUCCUGUGACACCCACUAGCUCUAAGAGGCACACCUGCCCCUCUUUCUCCUCUAUCUACGUCACUUGUUAUAUUUUUUUCAGAAAAUCUGGCAUUUCAAUCAGCAAUCGAGGUGAUGUGAAAAAUCUGAAGUGUAAACUCACAGUUUUGGGAUGACAUUUCCAGAUAAGAUUGCCUCAGUAAGGAUGCCUGGUAUUUAUUUCAAACACAGUGUGCAUGAAUUGGAUGCAGCUGCUGAGUUCUACAUUCGCUUGGACAAACUGCUAAAUUAAAGAGCGGGGGGGGGGGGGGUUAUGAAGGAGAGGAGCUCCACCGGAUUCAAUACAUUGAUCUUGGUAAACUUCCGAAUUGCAGACACUGUGCUUUAUUUGUAAGGAAAAAGAAGUGAUUUAAACCUUGAAUUAUACCACUGCUAAAAUAUAAUCACUUCCAUGUCA